ACACAGCCCUUGGCCUGCGCCCCUGUUACCAGAGAAAGGAGGCUUUGCCAAGGACUCAGGGGGAGUGGACUCGGCUCUGUUUGGGACCCAGCCCUCCCCGAGACAUUGUAGAGCCGACGGGGCCUCCAGACACAAGCCCUGCUGCCCCACCCCAGCCAGGGUGGUGCUUGUGUGGGAAGGACUUUAAAUCCAGCCGCCAGACCCCUGGACGGGAGAGGCAGGCAGUGCUGGCCACCAUGUACAGCUCCUGCAGUCUCCGGGCACUGCUGCUGCUGCCACCACUGCUGCUGGUGGCCACUCCAGACCCCGCCAGAGCCCUCACGAAGGAUGAGCAGCGUGCCAUGGUGGAGCUGCACAACCUCUACCGUGCCCAGGUGUUCCCGCCGGCCUCCGACAUGCGACGGAUGAGGUGGGACCCGGAGCUGGCCGCCUUCGCCAAGGCCUACGCACAGCAGUGCGUGUGGGGCCACAACAAGGAGCGCGGGCGGCGCGGAGAGAACCUGUUCGCCAUCACGGACGAGGGCUUGGACGUGCCCCUGGCCAUGGAGGAGUGGCACCACGAGAGGGAGCACUACAACCUCAGCGCCGCCGCCUGCACCCCAGGCCAGAUGUGCGGCCACUACACGCAGGUGGUUUGGGGCAAGACAGAGAGGAUCGGCUGUGGUUCCCACUUCUGUGAGAAGCUCCAGGGAGUUGAGGAGACCAACAUCCAUCUACUGGUGUGCAACUACGAGCCCCCGGGGAACGUGAAGGGACAGAGGCCCUAUCAGGAGGGAAUUCCGUGCUCGCAAUGUCCCCCUGACUACCGCUGCGAGAACUCUCUCUGCGAACCCAUCAGUGGCCCGGAAGAGGAGCAGGAUUUGCCCUCCCUGGAAACUGCGGCCCCGUCCACUCGGGCCACGGAAGCCUCAGGCUCCAGGAAAGCCGGCGCUCCUUCCCCGGCGACAGAGGUCGCGCACUCCUGGGUGACAGAGGUCUCGGGCUCCCCGGCCACGCAGGCCCCGCCCACUGUGGAAACAAAGACUCGGUCCUCCUCAGCCACCAAGGAGCCCUCGGCGACGGCCACAGAGGCUCCGCCUUCCCUAACGAGUGAGGUCCCUUCUGCGUCAACAGCUCACGACCCGCUCUCCUUGGAUGAAGGGCCGGUCACCGUCCCCAAAUCGACCCAUGUUUCUGUUCCAAAAUAUGCGGACAAAGUAGAAAGCGAGACAAGAGCACCCUCCAUAAGCCCAGAGAAACCUCUUUACCCUGAGAUGUCCCUGACAGGGACAAGGGAAUCCCUACCCCAUGCUCAGGAAGAAGCUGAGGCAGAGGCUGAGGCAGAAGCCGAGCUGCUUCCUUCCAGUGAGAUCUUGGUGUCAGAUAUUCCAGACCAGGACAAACCAGAUGAGUUGCAGGCCACCCUGGACCACACGGGGCAGCCCUCCUCCAAGUCCCGGCCCAAUGUCCCCAAUGCUCCUUCUGCUGCUAAUGCCAGGGGUGGGCGUACCCUGGCCCUGCAGUCAUCCCUGCCAGGUACAGAGAGCAGGGAGUGGAGGCUGAGCUCCGGUCACAUGUGGGGUCCUUCCCAGGGACUACUGCUGCUGUCUCCCCUGAUGUUGGCUGGACUCUUCUGAAGGGGACAACAUUCAAGGAUUGUUUUGGCUAUUCUGGGCCCCUUGAAUUUCCAUAUGAAUUUUAGGAUCAGCUUGUCAAAUUUCUGCCAAGAAGUCAGCAGAGUAUUUGUUACAGACUGUGUAAUCUGCCAUGUUAAAUCAACCAUGAACAUGGGCUGUCCCUCCACUUAAUGAGCCCUUCUUUAAUUUCUUUCAACAAUGUUUGUAGUUUUCAAAGUUUUGCAUUUUUUGUUAAACAUUCCUAAGCAUUUUAUUAUUUUUAUGCUACUGUAAAUGAAAUUGUUUUUUUUUA